GAUGCAGCCCACGUAAGACACUCAAGGUCUGGAAUGCCUCGCCACAUGUUUCUGAGAGAUGGCCUCAAAAGAAGAUCGAAUGCAUCCAUCUAUCUUUCCUCAUUUACCUAUCAAUCAACAACAAAAGCACAGCUAGCUAGCCAGUUACAAGUAAAGCGAAUUUGAGAAUCGAAUCAAUCCAAGACCAUGCCCAAAUCAUCAACAACGGACUUGGUGUCUCGACUGGUGGACGACUUGGAGUCUUUGGCGAUGGAUUUUCAAGUGGCCAUGCACGAACGUGGGUUGGUCAAGGACCGCAAAUUCGGUCUCAUUACGUACCCCGACGCCUUUGUGGGCAGAGAUGCUGUAGGUGUCUUGGUGGAUGUGCUGUACGAGAUGCACGAAGAAGAAGAGGACAUUUCCCGGCAGAGUGCCUUGAUGGUGGGCCGUGCCAUGGCGGAACACUUGGAGCUGUUCGAAAGCGCCUUUCGACUAAAGGCCAUGGAUCACGAACUCUCCGACGACAAGUACCACUACUACCAUUGGAAGAACAACGUCCCCAGUGACGUCGCGCAAACCACCUGGGAAAUGAGUUUGAUGGACAAAGUCAAGGUCCUCAAAAAAUACGUUCGCAUUCAAGAUCGAUACUACCGACUCAAAAUGUAUCCACGCUGCUUCACGGGAACCGAGGCUGUCGAUGUCCUCAUGAAACAACGAAUUGUCGUGUCCAGAAGAGACGCCGUCAAAUUGAUACGAAAAAUGAAACGAGAAUAUGGAUGCUUCUUCAAUGUCACCGACAAAAAUCAACCGUUCGAAGAUGGAUUCUACUUUUACAGAUUCAAAUACGACGAAGAUCUCAUGCAAAAAGGAGUCAACAAGGCCGCUUUCGAUGCCGUCAUGGAUGCACUCACGGGAAAUGAAGGCAUGACCACGGAAUUCAGAUUGACCAGUGAGUCAUUUCAUUGAUAGCAGCUUUUUUAAAAACAACAAAGACGACAACCAAAAAGACACUCGACAAAACAAUUUGGGACAGCGAAACCUGACGCAUCGCAGCACCUGUUUGGAAUUGGUGGCUGCGACACGCAUUGUCGCGUCUUUUCUUCUUUCUGCAUGAUUCGAUCAUGACAAAAUUGGGCAGCAUCAAUCAAACGUUUCCUUCUGUAAUUCACUCAUAACACAGUACAUUUUCAUUUUUACUACGUGAUCGAAUGAAUGAUGCAUACAAAAUUCGCAGUCAACCUCUUGUUGUUGUUUCCUCUGGUCGGGGAACCAAAUUUCAUCGAGCCCAUAAAUUGCCAAAGGGAAAUGGUUAUGGCUUGGAAGCAACCAGCGGCAGCUGGGUGGCAUGGACACUAGGCAUUUUUUUGAAUAGAAUACAGCGCCAAAGACUUGAAAACGUUUGCGCGACAACCACAAACUACUGGUAACUUAGCUUCCAUAACAACACCGUCUUUACUAG